UACCGGUGCCCUCUGACCGUGCCCGGUGCCCCGGGACGAGGAAGAAGCCGCGAGCCCCGUUCUCUCCCGAGGACGGCUCGGCGCUGCCUCCUUCAUCCCACCGCCCCGGAGGGCUCGGCUCCCUCCCCUCCCGGCCCCGGCCAUGGGGAGCCGCGCGCCGCUGCUGCUGAUCUGGGGCUGCUGGGCGCUGGCCGCAGUGUUGAGCGGAGAAACCGAAGCAAGUUCCCGCUGUGAAAAAGCCUGCAACCCUCGCAUGGGAAAUUUGGCUUUAGGGAGGAAACUCCGGGCAGACACCACCUGUGGCCAGAAUGCCACCGAACUGUCCUGCUUCUACAGUGAGAAUGCCGAUCUCACGUGCCAGCAGCCCACGUGUCACAAGUGCAACGCUGCCCACCCCCACCUGGCUCACCUGCCCUCUGCCAUGGCCGACUCGUCCUUCCGCUUUCCCCGGACGUGGUGGCAGUCUGCCGAGGAUGCGCACAGAGAAAAGAUCCAGCUAGACCUGGAAGAUGAAUUCUACUUCACUCACCUAAUUAUGGUGUUCAAGUCCCCCAGGCCAGCAGCCAUGGUGCUGGACCGGUCCCAGGACUUUGGAAAGACGUGGAAGCCUUACAAGUACUUUGCAACCAACUGCUCGGCUACGUUCGGCCUGGAAGACGACGUGGUCAAGAAGGGAGCCAUUUGUACCUCGAGAUACUCCAGUCCUUUCCCGUGCACUGGAGGAGAGGUUAUUUUUAGAGCCUUGUCACCACCAUACGAUGCAGAAAACCCCUACAGUGCCAAAGUUCAGGAGCAGCUGAAGAUCACCAACCUCCGGGUGCAGCUGCUGAAACGACAGUCUUGUCCCUGCCACAGAAAUGACCUGAAUGCGAAGCCUCAACAUUUUACCCACUAUGCGAUCUAUGAUUUCAUUGUCAAGGGCAGCUGUUUCUGCAAUGGCCAUGCCGAUCAAUGUGUACCUGUCGAUGGCUUCAAACCUGUCAAGGCCUCAGGAGCAUUCCAUGUGGUCCAUGGGAAGUGUAUGUGUAAACACAACACGGCGGGCAGCCACUGCCAGCACUGUGCGCCCUUAUACAAUGACCGGCCCUGGGAGGCAGCCGAUGGCACAACAGGGGCUCCUAACGAGUGCAGAACCUGCAAGUGCAACGGCCACGCGGACACCUGUCACUUCGACAUCCGCGCGUGGGAGGCGUCAGGGAACCGCAGCGGCGGCGUCUGCAAUAACUGUCAACACCACACUGAGGGCCAGCACUGCCAGCGCUGCAAGCCGGGCUUCUACCGCGACCUCCGGAGACCCUUCUCGGCCCCGGACGCUUGUAAAGCAUGCUCCUGCCAUCCAGUGGGAUCCGCUGUCCUUCCUUUCAGCUCAGUGACCUUCUGUGACCCCAGCAACGGUGACUGCCCUUGCAAGCCUGGAGUAGCAGGGCCCCACUGUGACAGGUGUAUGGUCGGGUACUGGGGUUUCGGCGACUACGGUUGCAGGCCGUGUGACUGUGCGGGGAGCUGCGACCCUCUCACGGGAGACUGCAUUAGCAGUACAGACAUCGACUGGUAUCAAGAACUUCCUGACUUCCACGCUACGCACAACAACACGGACGCAGCCUGGGAAUGGGAGGAUGAGCAAGGGUUUUCUGCACUGAGACACUCAGGUAAAUGCGAAUGUAAGGAACAAGUGUUAGGAAACCCCAAGGCAUUCUGUGGAAUGAGGUAUUCCUAUGUGUUAAAAAUAAAGAUUUUAUCAGCUCAUGAUAAAGGUUCUCACGCGGAGGUCAAUGUGAAGAUUAAAAAAGUCUUAAAAUCUACCAAACUGAAGAUCUUACGAGGAAAGCGAACAUUGUAUCCAGAAUCCUGGACGAAUAGAGGCUGCACUUGCCCCGUCCUCAAUCCUGGCUUGGAGUACCUUGUGGCGGGACAUGAGGAUGUAAGAACAGGCAAAUUAGUCGUGAAUAUGAAAAGUUUUGUUCAGCGCUGGAAACCGUCUCUCGGAAGAAAAGUCAUGGAUAUUUUAAAAAGAGAGUGCAAAUACCAAUAAAGGUGUAUAGCACAUAAUGGCACUUCUCUGUGUAGAAAACAGAAAAUUAAUGAAAAAGAGACCUCAGAAGUGAAACUGGAAUCUUCUUAAGUGCCAAAAUAUAGAGAUCUGUUUCAAUGCAUGGGCCUUUUCAGACCCAUGUGUUCUGGACCCGUGUUGAAAUGCAGUUUUGUUUCAGAAAGAAAAAUGAAAAACCCUGCACUGAUACCUGUUUUCCGUGGAAUUGAUUCUGAAAGUCACAGGGAUUGAGAGCAUUUGAACAGCAGAAAUCCACUGAGGGCAGCACCUCGAAAAAGGACUCUACCCAGGUCCAGAUAGAUUGCUCACAUUUGAUGCUACUUAAGGCAAUUAAGGAGAUUUCACAGAAUCUCCAGCCCUGUCAGGAAAGGCAUUUCUUAAAAAGAGCCUUGUCUUGUGUGUUAUGUAUGGACUUCAGUGUGUGGGACGUUGAAUGGAAUCUCUCCGUGUGUGUAUAGUAUUUCCUUGUGUAAAGCACUUUACUAGCCACCACUCGGGUUGUGGAAGUUUGGAGACUGCUGUGGACAGGGGAGAAGGGCGAGUGUGAAAACCUGCUGAGACAGAGCACUACCGCGGGAUGUGGACAGUGACCGUACGGAGAGGAAGCAAAGCUAUUUAACUCCGAACACUUGGAGAAAUGAGGUAAAGAUGCACCCUAAAAGGAACCUUAUGUUUGCAUGAAGUCUCAGUUUUAGGCGAGGGGUUAGCUUGCAAGAUGCUGGCAUAUGAAACUUACAAGAAAAAAAAAAAAACUCAAUAAAAAGAGACGUCGACAUAA